UUCUAGUAAAAUGUUGACUAAAUGAAGUAAUUGGGCUUAGGCCAAGUGGGACAAUGCCACAGGCUGGCACAGGCCCAUCGCUUGGGCUUGAGGCUUGAGUGAUUGAGUCAUGAGUGGCUUGAGCCAAGUUGAGCAAGUUCAAGUUGAGGGGGCCCUGCGACAGAACGUCAGAAUUAAGAUACCCUUGUCAGUGGCGUCAGUCACUCAGUCUGUGCUAUUAUGGAUAUAAAAUUUUACUUACUCUCCAAGAAGCCUAGGCGCUCCAGCAGAUCAUCAGUUAAAGAAAAAAAUGUUCACACUGUCGCUAAAAAGGUUGAAUCAUUUCAUUCUUGCCCUCUUGGAUAUUUUGAUGCAAUACCUAUUGAAUUACGCUUCAGUAUUUUCCAGUUUUUAACAAUUGAAGACCUCAGCAUUUUAACUAUUGUCUCAAAAACAAUGAGGAACUUGAUUGAAGGUUACAGAGUAACUCGAUUCUCUGGCCCCCACUGUAUGUCUUAUCGUGAUCUCCAUUUACGCCUGAGUCUUGAACAGCAGACUGAAAUGUUAAGCAAAUAUCAUAAACUAGGCUUGUUGGUUAAGCGAUCAACUUGUCUCUAUGCCACAAAAGAUAGAUUAAAAAUCAUAAAUGAAUUCCUGACUAGGAUAGCCUGUAGCAAUUCUGACAAUUGUAAAGACCCGUCACGUUGCAUAGCUCUCUUGUGUUUUGGAAAGUUUCUACACACAGUCAUUGCUGGCUGGGAUGACAGUGAGUGCCAGAGAGCAUUUGACACAAUAUGCCAGCACAUGUGUAUCACCAAACAUGUCAAGACAGUAGUGUCAAGUAAACCAGGCUCCCAUGGCCACCUGGAAGGAGUUGUUCGUCAGUUUUUUAGAUGGAUAUUCUUAGACCAAUGUACAACUAUACCAGACAAGGCAUUCUGGAUCAGUCGAAUUUUAAAACCAUGGCCCAUAGUUUUUCAAGCCAGAUUGCUGUUCAUUAUUUAUUCUGGAAAUUUUACAUCUGGUGAGAUCCAGUGGCAUGAGAUGAGUGAGACCACUCCAGUGGACACAGAGCAUUCAUCAAUCUUCUUCAGCAGUAUCUCCAGCAUUCUUCAGCUGCUUCACCUCCACAGCACUGAAUGGACCAGUGAUGAAAUCAUAAGUAUUAUUGAUGAAAUGACUAGUACUCCAGAAGAUUGGUUAGUAGAGAAUAUUGCUGGCUUACUUCUUGCAUGUGGAGAAUGCUUGGCAACAAAACUCUUAGCCAGCAAAGCUAUCAAUGGAAAAUAUGUGGAACUUGCUAGCAUCAUUGCAUCAUUAUGUCUUGUUUGUGUUAAGCACAACCAUAGUAUCAAUCAAGUGAUGACCAUGAUGGACUGUAUCAUUGCUGUCAUAGAGAAUCCCAGGGAGAAACUUGUCUUUCUGAAUAGAAUCUUGGACACAUUCAAAGAGCUGGUUUUAGAUACACAUGAAUUUACUGACUCAGAUGAUGCCAAUGACAAUGAGUUCUUCUUUCAUGUAUCAGCCUUGACAGAGUUCACUAGAAAACUUGCCCAUCUAGCCUACAAACACAUUCUACCUCAUUGAUGCUGACACCAUUGUAGUACCAUAAGUGUCCUUACAUUCAAUCUUCAGGAAUGAUGGUAAAGUGAACAGCCAUAAAAAAGGUGCUUAUAUUAGUAUUUUAAGACCAAAGGAUUUAUGAAUAUUUUUUUAAUAUCUGAUUUUCUCCUGAACAUUAUUGACAAAAGAUUAAAAAAAACAUGUAAUUACCAAAUAUAAAUUCACCAGUACUCUUUUUUCUAUUGUUAUCUCGAAAUACUGCAUGCUCCUUAACCAUUCUUUAUCUAAACUACUGAUGCAAUAAAUAAUAAUAAAUAUAUUAAUUGUGAAAAGAGUAGACUACACAUGUACCAGCUGAAAGGAUAGAGCCAUUCGCUAGAACAUGUCGCCAGGUUGUUCUUGAAAGGAGAAUGCUUAAAUAAUUAUUUUUAAUUAUGUUGAAAAAUUAAUCAUUAUCUGAGCGUAUCUGUUCUUAAGAAAAUAGCAGUGGCCAAAACAUUUGUUUUUAAAUGAAAUGUCUCAUAGAUAGGCCAAAUUGUGCUGAAGUCAAACUGCUCACAGAAAUGUUGCAUUUACUUAGUUUUCUUUUAAUGUCCAAUCAUAUCCAAGUACUCAUUAUUAAACCAUUCAUUUCAUUGUACAAAUUUGGCAAGAUUUGAACAUUCCUAAUGUGUUUUUAAUUAGGCAGCUUUCCCCUCUUUCUCUUUGUAUGAUAAUGUGACUUCACCCCCAAAAUGUUCAUGAAAUGCUUUGUCCUAAGUUGACAUUUCUUGUUAAACAUUCUGGUUUACAUUAUUGUAGAACAAGAAAUGUAGCAUUGAAACCAAAGCUCUAUGAUGAUUUUUUUUUUGCUUGUCAUGUUACUCACAACUUGUAUAUAUUUUGUUAAUCUGUAAUAUUUGGUUUUGCUAUAUCUUGUCUCAGUAUUCUCAGAAUGUUCUUGUUAUUUGAAUGCCUUUAAAAAAAAAAAAACUAUGAUGGAAGAAUGUCUUUUAAGAUCCAGGGCUAAAACCUUGUACAUUUUUCAUAUUUUUGGUUUAAUUUUGGUUUUAACUAAAAUGACUUGGAACUAGGAUUUCAAAAAUGUGUAGUCUGAAAGAUUUAUAAUGAUUUUUAUUGAGCUCUAAAGACAAAACCCCCUCCCCCUUUUUUUUUUCCCAAACACACACACACAAUUUUACAUUCACGUAUUAGCAACGCAGCACAAAAAGAUUAACUGCAUGGUCAAUUCUGAGGGUAGAAAGCUCAAUAAACACAGUGUGACUUGGAAUGAGGUCCUUCAAAGAAAACAAAAGCUUCUAAUAAUAGAAACUUUAAAAAUUUAUUUUUGAUAAAUGGUGUUUGAGCAGUAGGUUUGUUAAAUGGAGGGUAUUGGGUUUAAAACCAUAUAAAAUGUGGACAAUCUUACUUUGCACACCCAUGCUUACAUAAGUACCCGUCAUUUGUUUGGGAAUAGUCAAGAUGGCUGUUAGUUAUAUCAAACAAAUAAUAUCUCAGUAUUAUGAUGGCCACAGAUCAAAUGGGCUCUAAUACACCUCACCCAGAUGAUGAGGAACUACUAUCAUUUCAUUCCUAUUAGUGUAUUUUAUAGUAUUAUUCAUAUUUAUAUUACUUUCUGACUUUGUAUUAAGCAUUCAUUAGAUAAGUUGUUUUUUUUUAAAUCUUAACCCACGAAGCGUCGUCGGCCGAUUAUAUCGGCCCACAUUUCGUUUCUGUGGCGUCCCGGCCGAUAUAAUCGGCCGACUUUAGACUGAUGAUUUUCUAUUCCAAUCCACGUUUUAAAGUGACCAUUUUUAAACUUCAGAUCUAUUAGACAUUCUUCUUCCUGUCAGAUCCAAAAAUAGCCCAUUUCCCCAUCUGUUUUUGUGUUUACAUGCUGAUUAUUCACCGGCGAAUUUUUCUUGCAAUGUCCGAUGCUAGCCCAGGUCCAUGAGAUGUUACAAAACAUAAAGUUUCAAAUACUUUUAGUUGUUCUUUUUUAAUAUUACAAUUAGAUUUAGAUCUAGGAAUAAUGAGAAUAUUUUAUAUAUUAGAUCUAGAUCUAUUCAUGAAGUGGCCGAUGAUUUAUGUCCGUACUGUCCGUAGUCAUCUAAAGUCUAGAGUCUAUAUCUAGACUCUAUAUCUAGACUCUAGACUAGAGACCGGACUGGAUCUGCACCUAGACCUAGUCAAAAUUUAGUGAAAUUUAAGACAUUUUAAGAUAGAUUGAAGCAUAUUAAUGAUAAUAUUGACUUCUUUAUGCAUUAAGUAUUCUAUUUUUUCAAUCUUUAAAUGCUUUUAACUUAACUGAACAAAAAAAAAAGAUUUUUAUCUAUUUUUUUUUCCUUCACUGUUACUUGUAUUAAAAGGGUAACCAAGUCACUAAAAAAAUUUUUUUUUUCAAAUCUAAUGGUCCAUUUUUAACAAAAUUAUAUCUAUUUAUAAAGGAAAAUGAAUGGGCUAUCCAAUUACAUCAAAACUUUUGUUAUAGCUCUAAAAAUGUUUCUCGCAGAGGUCAGCAAACAAGCUUUUUUGUUGAUAAAAAAAAUCAAUCAUACUAAUUAGGUCAGGGUCAAGGUCAACUGAUCAAAUUCAGGUGUUCAAUAUAUGAUCUAUAGUGUUCGCUGUCCAAUUACCUUUCAGAAUAUAUAUAAAACAUGGAUAUCAACCUUCACUUUAUGGCAUUUUAAGACCAUUUUCUAACAUGCAUUAAAAAUGCUAAAACUCCCCGAACGCCACAGAAAAGUUUCUUAAGACGCUUCGUGGGUUAAAACACAUUUUAAAAGAAAUGUGAUGUCUGGUACGUAGUUUUGAUGGCUAUUAGUUUUUUUGUUUUUUUUAAUCUCAGGAAAGCCAUCACUUUCCACUCAAUGUUUUUUUUUUGAGUGUUUUAGAGAAGCACUCUGCGCAUACAGCAGCCAUGUUAUAUUAGAACAAUAUGUACUCUAUUGCCAUCUUUCUGUUCAUCAUCUAAACUUGAUAGCCAUGUUCUGUGAUAAGUAGGCAGCAAGCCAAUGCCAAAUAAAUUGUGUACAUUUUCACAACUGUGAUAUUUAUUUUUCAAUUCAACUUGAUAUGUUGUUUGACAUGUUAGGAUGGAAGAGCUUUCUAAAAGCUUUUUUGUUUUUAAUGUACAUUUUAUUUAUUGAUGGUGGCCAUUCAUUAUUUGAUUCAAGUCUCUUUUAAUUAUUUAUAUCAUUUUGUGUAUAGUUCUUUUGCCAUUUUCUUUGGAAUGUAUAAUAUUGUAUUCAACAUUUCACUGCACAUACAAAUUCAGAAGCCAAUAGUUUGUUUUAAAAAAAUCAAAAAAAAAAAAUCAUUGUUUGGAAUCAUUUAAUAAGCCUUUUUUUUCAAUCUAAAGACAUUGUUAUUCAUGUUAACCUCUUCUUUUGUUUAUUGUUUCAAAUUAAAUACUGUA